AUGUACGUCUGGACACUGGCCUUACGUAUUUUUGAUGGAAUGCUAACUGUCAACACCAUGUUGAUUUUCAAGGGUGACCCAGGACCUGGUGGUGUCAAGGGCAGUGCUGGACGUUUGGGACCCACUGGACUAAAAGGUGAACAAGGAGAAUUUGGAGCGAAAGGUGAACAAGGAUUAAGGGGAACCAACGGUAUCCCGGGCACAGAUGGGAGAGAUGGAUAUGGUAUUAAAGGACGGAAGGGAAUAAAGGGUCAAAGUGGAUUUCCAGGAAAUAGUGGAAUACAGGGAGAUGAUGGUGAUCCUGGUAGCCCAGGUGGUGAAGGAGGAAAGGGAAACAGAGGAAGACAGGGUGACUCUGGUCCUUCUGGAGAUGAUGGAGAGCCUGGUACAUCAGGACCAAAGGGACCAAGAGGCCCUAAAGGACCAUCUGGAAGUUCACCAUGGACACCAUGCCAGCUUGUGUCCUUUGUGCGAAAUAAUUGUAAGUAUCUUUGUGAUGUCGUUGUCUUACUGUUUUGUAAUUAUUCUUUUUGA